AUGAACGAUCGGAGUCUGAAAAAGUCUCUCUCCGGAAAAACGAACCACCCGGCGGAUAUCGUCGUCGGAGAUGCUGAUGAGAAUUUAGAUCUUUACUCAGUCAACCGUGGGACUUCUUUAGAUGGAAAACAUUCUUUCGAACAAGUUAUUGCUAAGCCUGAACCUGACUACGAGAAGAAACAUGCAAAUGACCCGCUUUAUACCGUGUUUGAAGUUCCAUUGGGAACUCUUUCAAGACUAGUUCUUGAAGCUAGAAACGUAACUUCAAAGCUUCAGUCCAUUUCUACUACAAGGGCUGCUUCAAAGAGCGAGACCGAACCAUCUUCAAAACCAACUCGAAGCAAUUCAACAAUACGUCCCUCUAACAUUCCCUCAUUACGUCCCUCGAACAUUCCCACAAUUCGUCCUUCCAACAUUCCUACUUUAAGAUCAUCUUCGGCCCCCAAGAAGACAACAACAGCUUCAGCUUCUGUUUCGGUUUCUUCUCCAAAGAGAACUGUCUCUCGAUCUUUAACUCCUGUCUCACGCAAAACACCAUCAACAUCUUCAACUCCUUCAAGAAUCAGUACAACUACUUCAACCACUCCUACCUUUAGAAAAGCUGGUGACGCUCAAAGAUCAAGAUCUUUGACUCCAAGAUCGAAGCCUCAGAUAGCUUCUUCACCUUCAAGUAAGACCAAUGUGCGUUCUGUAUCUGUGUCAUCACCUACAACACCUCGGACACCGCCAAGACUAAAAGAAACUGUCACUCUAGCGUUCGGUAGACCAGUGGGAACAACAGGGAAUGUAAAUUCGCCACGAAGGAACACCUCGCCGGAUGUUACAAGAACCAGGCCUAGAGUGCAUUCUGCUUCUUCUCUGAUUCCUACAUUUUCAGGCGUCUCACAUACAACGGCAACUCCCAAGUCUGUAAAGCCAUCUGCAACUGUUGCGGAUUCAACGAGGCCAUAUGGAAAGAAACUGUCAAAAGCUUCGGUUCAAAUGGCUAUCAAUCACUUGGACAUCGGACGAAAUGGGAAAAUAAGCACAAAUCCGUUUUCGAGCACAAUGUUGUACCCACACAGCAUCAGAUCUUCUGCUUCGGCUUUAAGAAAGCCGUGUGGUAGUGAAGGAAGCAGCAGCAGCAAUAGCAACCACGAAGACGAAGAAGGAAAAAGCUUAACGAAAACGAAAGAGGGAGGAAACACAGAGAAGAACGAUAGUGCUCGUUACGACGCACUCUUGAUGGUUAAAGAUGUGAAGGAUACUAACUGGCUACUUAACAUUGAUGAUGAAUCUACUCAGUCUCUCAUGUUGGACAAUGCUUUCGACUCUCCUCCUGAACUAUUCCCUCCUCUUUGA